AUGAAGGACAUCGUGAUACUCGGCGCCGGUCUGGCAGCCGCACCCCUGAUCCGCCAAAUCAUGCUCAAGUCAGUCUUGCAGCAGGAUGACUUCAGAUUGACCGUCAUCGCACCCAACACACACUUUCACUGGCCUAUUGCCAUGCCUCGAGUCAUUCUUCCCGACUACUGGUCUGAGCACAAGGUCAUGUUUGAGCUUUACCCUUUCUUCAAGGAUUAUCCUCCUGAGAGGUUUGAGUUUGUUCUCGGAGCUGCCAGCAGUAUGGAUCUGGAGGGAAAGCAUAUCACAGUUGCUUUGAAUCGAGGAGGAGUUGACACGGUUCACUACGACACCCUUGUCAUUGCGACUGGCUCGACUGCGCAGGACCAUGUGCCGUGGACUGUCUUGGGCACGACGGAGGAGACUAAGGAGAAAUUGCAUGCUCUAUGGGACGAUAUCAGAAGAUCUGAGACGAUUGUUAUCGCAGGAGGCGGCCCAACCGGCACGGAGACAGCCGGAGAGAUUGCGUACGAGUACAACGGUGAAAAGGAGGUAUACUUUGUCUACGAUGAUGACCUCCCGCUUGGGCCGUCAACUCUUCAUAGUGUGAGGAAACAAGUCGUCAAGGAUCUGUCAAAGCUCAAAGUCAACCUCCUGCCCAAGACCCGCGUCGCGGAAGUCACCAAGGACGGCAAAGACACCAUCCUCCAACUCCGCCGAGCUGACGGCAGCUUCCAGACUUUGAGAACUCAGGCCUACAUCCCAGCUACCGGGACGAAACCAAACACAGCUUUUGCACCAAAGGAGAUUUUGGAUAACCGCGGUUUCAUCAAACAGACGAAGUAUCUUCAAGUCGAGGAUCACACCGAUAUUUUUGUACUUGGCGACGCUGGGAAUUUGGAGAGCAACAGAGAAAUGUACGCCGACUCUCAGUGCCUACACCUCAUAAAGAACCUCCCUAUAUACCUCAGUGGGGGCAAGAUGACACCGUACAAAAAGAACCGGAAGGAGAUGAUGGCCGUCACGCUUGGAAGGAAACGAGCUACGGGGCAGCUGGGAAACAUCAAGAUAUUGAGUCUGUUGCUGUGGUAUGCUAAGGGACGAUGGAUGGGUACGGAUUAUGCAUAUGAUCUCGCGGCUGGGAGAAGAUCCUUGUCAACGGUAAUAGAGAAGCGGAGGCGGUAG